GAAGGUAAAUCUCUCCCGCUUCUUUUCCGAACACUACGAUUUACGUACAUGUACACAAGUGAAGAGAUAGAGAGAGAGAGAGAGAGAGUCCCAACUCCCGAAGCCCUUAUAAAACAAGGAUGAAGUACAUGAAGCCCGCGAACUUGUUUCAAGAACUGAUAAAGACAAAUUCACGGAACAGAAGCCGGUUACUUGGUUUAGAUGUCGGUGAUAAAUAUGUGGGUUUAGCUGUUUCUGAUGUAAAUAACAAAAUCGCAUCACCUCUCAGUGUUCUGCUACGGAAGAAAAGUAACAUUGACUUGAUGGCCAGUGAUUUUGAACUUCUGAUCUCUCAACUUUCCCUGACAGGCUUUGUAAUUGGCUAUCCUUUUGAUAGACAACAGAGGAACAGCGCAGAUGCUGUGCAAGUGAAGCUUUUUAUUGAUGAUCUUUGUAAAACAGGGAAACUUGAAGGUGUAAGGUAUACUUUCUGGGAUGAGUGUUUUACUUCAAAGAAUGUGGAAUUUCUGUUGAAGCCACUGAAUUUGCACCCUGUUCAUUAUAAGACAAUAAUGGACAAAUUUGCUGCUGUUGGAAUCCUACAGGGGUACUUGGAUUUCGUGAAUAGAAGUCACACUUCAGAAUCGACCAAUAGGCCUUCUGCAACUUGGUCAAGUGUAUGUAGCGUAGUACUGAAGAACGGGGCUAUCAUAGAGUUAUUACAGUCUGAAUGCUGAGUUUAUGAGAAAUAUCUAGUGCUUCCAAUUUGCCGGUGGGGAUGGAAGAUGCCUCCAUAUUCGAUCUUUUUGCAUGGCUUACUGGCGGAGGAUACAUGAAAUAUGGUCAUUAUUACUGGUCUAAUCCAGAACUAUAAUGGACUGCGCUCAAAUUAGGACCAGAAUUGUAAUGGAGUGCUCAAAUUGGGACCCUUUUAACUUGGCAAAAUAGUGAAAUUCUUGAUGUAGAAAAACUUUCAAGCUUCGACAAAUUUACGUAGAUCGGUGUCUAAUCAGUGCUAGGGCGUUUAAUUGGGCCAAAGGAAAUUCGGGGGAGUACAUCUCACUUCUAAACCAAAGAAAUGCACUACUGUUAUAGUACAUGUUUUAAA